AUGGGUACCCCUGAACCAGUUCAGAAACCAAGAACAACCACAAGAGGGAGGAAGGAACAGAAGUGCCAAGGGAGAGCUUUUGCUUUAAUACUUGGAAACCCCAAUGCUGUUGAGAAUCUUGUGUCAGGUACACUCUGUAUAUAUGGUCAUUCAAUUCAUAUUCUCAUUGAUUCUAGAUCAACUCAUUCUUUUGUUUCUCCACACUUUACCCUCAAAUUGACAUCAAUACCUGAACCUUUGGGAUAUGCAUUAUCUGUGUCUUUUCCAUCUGGUGUUUCUGCACUUAGUACGGAAAUAUACAAGUCCUGUGCCAUGUCCCUAAACGAAGAAACCUUGCAUGUGGAUCUGAUUCCACUCCGCAUUAGUAGUUUUGACAUAAUCUUAGGGAUGGAUUGGCUUGCUGCUAACUGUGCCCCCUAUUGA